GGCGGAUGGACGAAGGACGGGGCGGAUGGACGAACGGGCGGGUGAACCCGUGGAGGUCCGCCUGUUGUCGCUUCCUUUCGUCCCAGAGGUAAUCCUCGCCGAUGCCCCUCCCCAGGACGAGACAGCAUAAUUACACCAAGCCUUACAAGCGACAUGCUCUCCCUCAUUGAAUUGCUCUUGCUGUCCACAACAUCAGCAUUGCUCGUUGUAGCUGAGUCAACAGAUGCACUCAAAGGGAACAGAACUUUUGACAUUGACUACGACAAUGAUGUCUUCCUCAAAGAUGGCAAACCUUUCACCUAUAUGUCAGGUGAAAUACACUACUUCAGAAUCCCCAGGAUAUACUGGGAGGAUAGAUUGAAAAAAGUCCAAGCCGCAGGUUUCAAUGCAAUAAGCACAUAUGUGGAAUGGAGCUUGCACGAACCUUCGCCUAGUGUUUAUCAUUUCACAGCAGAAGCCGAUAUAGUGGAGUUCAUCAGAAUAGCCGAGAGGCUCGGUCUUCUCGUCAUCCUCAGACCCGGCCCUUACAUAUGUGCAGAAAGAGAUUUGGGUGGUUAUCCAGCAUGGUUGCUUACAGUCAACCCGAAAAUGCAGUUCAGAACAUCUGACCCAUCACAUACGUUCUUUGUAUCGAGGUGGUUCAAAAUGCUUUGGGGACAACUUCAACCUAUGCUUUAUGGAAAUGGUGGCCCUGUCAUUAUGGUUCAGGUUGAAAAUGAAUAUGGCAGUUAUCCAGUACAUGACUUAAAUUAUUUGCUGUGGCUUAGGGAUCUGUACAGAAGUUAUGUCGGAAACGCUGCUGUACUUUUUACGACUGAUGGGCCAGACACCCAAUUUGUCAAUAGAGGAAAAAUUCCUGGAGUAUUAUCGACAAUAGAUUUUGGUCCAGUUAGCACAAGUCCAGCCAAGUUGUUUGAACCUUUGAGAAAAAUUCAGCCGAAAGGGCCACUAGUCAAUUCGGAAUUUUAUGUAGGCUGGCUCACGUACUGGGGUGAAGAAUUCAGCAGAUCUUCAAUACCUCCAAUUUUGAAAACAAUGAAAGAUAUGAUAGCACUAAACAUUUCCUUUAAUUGUUAUAUGAUUCACGGAGGUACAAACUUUGGAUUUACCUCAGGCUCUGGGAGCAGUAAACAUUAUCAAGCUGAUAUAACCAGCUAUGACUACGAUGCUCCUAUAAGCGAAGCGGGAGAUCUCACCGACAAAUAUUUUGCAAUUAAAGAUUUAAUAGCAGGAGAGAAAAAUACCAGUAACAACAAAAAUGAGGAGAAAGAAACCCCCAAGGGUGAUUAUGGUGAAGUGCAGCUGAAACCUCUUAUUUCACUUCUUAAGAGUCCAAUCGGUAGAGACCCAGUGUAUACAUUAUUCCCGAUAACAAUGGAAGCUAUUGCUGAAAGGUACGGCUUUAUAGCAUACACUACAACAAUUCCAUAUGAAACACAAGAUCCCUCCGUACUCCAAGUCAAUGUAAGGGACAGGGCACAAGUUUUAAUUAAUGAGGUAGAAGUCAGUGUUUUGCAGUAUACUGUGAUCAACGAAACUCCACUUCCAUCUGAUGUUACAAAAGGGAAAAAAUUAACAAUUCUAGUUGAAAAUAUGGGAAGAAGAAACUACAACCUUUUGUCUGACUGCACUAAGGGUAUUAUUUCAAAUGCUACAUUGGAUGGGAAACUGCUACAAAAUUGGUCGAUCGUCGGGUACCCAUUGACAUUUGACAACAUAUCAAGGUUGGACAAAUACGCCCGGGGCAGUAUAAUGUCACCGAGUGUAAAUUUUCCAGAUCCAUCACCGGCUUUCCCAGCAUUCUAUACUGGGACUCUGAAUCUGCCUGAGGAUGAACCAGCACAGGAUACAUUUCUUGAUAUGACUGGCUGGGGAAAGGGUGUUGUGUUUAUUAACAAUCACAACAUGGGUAGAUAUUGGCACAUUGGCCCUCAAAGGACACUUUACAUCCCGAAGAUCUACUUGUUGGAUUAUCCGCACAAAAACCGAAUAAUGAUUCUUGAACUGCAUUUCACAGCACCAAACCAAACGGUCAGGUUUAUAUCAAAGCCUCUCCUGAGUUUAAAAGAUAAAUAUGACGAACCGAAAGUACUAUCGAAAUCCGCAAGUCGAAGCAAAUGGAGUUUAUCAUCUUUGCGUUCUAAAUCACAAAAAGAUGUGGAAAAGUAAAAAAGUCAAUGAAGAGAGAUUCUCUGUUUUUAAACAAAAGUCCUUACAGAAAACACUUAACAUUAUAAAUAAAAUUUUCUCCCAAAUUAUUUAUAUAUUAUUUAAUGUAAAACGCUACAUCAUUGCAUCAUCAUACAUACACUUUAGGAGUGACUUCCAUACAGACUAUCUAGAUAUCUCAUUAACACGUUGACUGCAGAAGACGCACGGUCUGCAUCCUCCCAUUUGUACUUUUACACUUUCCCUCCACUUUACUCACUACACAAUUCCAUUCGAAAUUCCUAAAGCUAUCUAAGAAAGGGCAAAAGUGUCACUGACUACAGCCUUUCAAUUUUUUUUUUUUUUUUCUUCAACUGGGAGUAAUUUUUUUAUUCUGUGAAAACCAAGUAAUUUGCUUUCUAUACAUGUGUUGAUUAUUUUAAUUGAUUAUUUAUCCAUUUUGUAUGAUUCAGACAUACAUCAAUAAAAUCAGACAUCCAUUGUUAGAAAUGGGGACUGACUGUAUUGUGGAAACAUUCUUUACAGCAUCCUGUAAAAUGUCAACAGACUGUAAAGAAGAAGAAUUCGGGCAAAGAUUAGGUAUAAUGAAUGGUAUAAAGUGGCUUCAAAACAAA